CAACUUUUCCCGCAGUUUCAAAGUGGGAGAAAGAGGCGGGAGCUCUGCAGGCAGCGGGAGCGCUCUACCCACGGUUUCCAGAAAAGUGCUUACAGGAACUUAAUUUAGUCUUGACAUGCCACCUCCAGCAGACACGGGUCUAGCCUACACCCCUCCAGAUGGCCAAUGGGGAUGGGCAGUAGUAUUUGGAGCAUUCAUUUCCAUUGGAUUUUCAUAUGCUUUCCCCAAAGGAAUAGCAAUCUUCUUCAAAGAAAUCCAGGAUUUCUUUGGUACAUCGUACAGUGAGAUUGCGUGGGUUUCUUCAAUUAUGUUGGCUGCUACAUAUGGCGGAGGUCCCAUUAGCAGUAUUUUGGUGAAUCGUUUUGGUAGCCGACCGGUGGUCAUAUUUGGAGGGCUACUAUGUGGCAUAGGAAUGGUUUCGGCGGCAUUCUGCACCAGCAUUUUUCAACUAUACAUUUGUGCUGGAUUCAUCACAGGACUUGGCCUUGCCCUGAACCUCCAGCCUUCAGUGAUCAUUGUUGGAAAGUAUUUCCUGAAAAGACGUCCCAUUGCGAAUGGACUUGCCAUGGCAGGAAGUCCUGUCAUGCUUUGCACCCUUGCACCCUUGAAUCAGUUUCUUUUUGACACUUUUGGAUGGAGAGGGAGCUUUUUUAUUCUUGGAGCAAUUCUGAUGAACUGCUGUGUAGCUGGAGCCCUCUUCAGGCCUAUUGGACCAACCCCUGACAGACAAAUAAAUAAACAACCAAAAGAGGCUCAAGAAAACCCUGAAGGAGGCAUUGCUGAAAUGGGGGACCAGGAUAUGGAAACAAAGGAAGACAGAGAUCAUUGUGAAAACUUCAACAAGUACCUUGAUUUAUCCCUUUUUAAGCACAGAGGCUUCCUGAUCUAUCUGAUAGGAAAUGUGAUAAUGUUUUUAGGUUUUUUUGCACCGAUUGUCUUUUUGGCUCCUUAUGCAAAGCACCGUGGGAUCGAUGAAUAUUCAGCAGCUUUCCUCCUUUCAAUUCUAGCAAUAGUUGAUAUGAUAGCCAGACCAACGACUGGGCUCAUUGCGAAUAGCAAAUGGGUGAGGCCAAGAAUUCAGUAUUUUUUCAGCUUCUCCAUUGCUUUUAAUGGCGUUUGCCAUCUGCUGUGCCCAUUGGCAACAAGCUACUUGGGCUUAGUCAUUUAUUCUAUCUUUUUUGGACUGGCUUUUGGUAUGGUAUGUGCAAUGCUCUUUGAAACUCUCAUGGAUCUUGUUGGUGCCAGCCGUUUCACAAGUGCUGUUGGACUAGUCACCAUAGUGGAAUGUUGUACCAUAUUACUUGGGCCACCUAUUGGGGGAACUCUUAUUGACACCUUUGGGGACUACAAAUACAUGUUCAUUAAAUGUGGGGCAGUGAUGGUCUUGGCUGGAGCAUUCCUCUUCAUUAUGAAUUACUACAACUACAGAAUGCUUGCAAAAGAAGAAAAGAAAAGGAAGAAGGAAGAAAAACAGAAAGAUUAUGAGCAUGCAAGGACAGAAAUUGAGAAAGGAAACUUAACAGUGGUAGAAAAAAUGCAAGAUGGUAAUGAAACAGUUCCUUUCAAGAGUGAUGAGAAUGGACUAAAGAAUGGGGCAAACCUCCCAACUGAAGCCUAAAUCUAAUUCAAAAUUUUCUGAAUGGAAAAUUGGUCUUUAAAGUGACUGAAAAAUAUAGUAUGAAAUCAAGUUCUAAAAUAACUAGUCACAUUUUAUAUGAGUACAUGGCAAAUAUUACUUAGAGCUGGUUUUACAUUACUGCAAAUCUAAAUCUGUUUAAACUUUCUUGUUCUUACUGAGGAGCUGAGAAUAUACUUGUCCUAGCUAAUGAUAAAUAUUUUCAGGAUAAUUGUUUAUACUGGAACUUACAACUUGGACUCCUGUUUCUAUUAUAACAAAAAAUAGAACAGUGGAAAAAUAUUGUAUAAGAGAAGAUGCAAGAUUUUCAAAAGAUGCACAGCAAUAGAUAUCCACAGCACUUUUUAGACUGGAAGAUCCAAGAUUUGGCCCUUAACAUUCCAGUAAAAAAUACCAUGUCUGCAAAAAGUUUCUAUAAGAAGAAUCUCAAAGAAGUAAAAAUAAUCAAUAUUUUUCUUCCAGGAUACUUUUGGAUUGCUCUGUAUUGAUGGUAAUCUGGUACAUGGAACAAAAGAGUGAGGUGUGCUUGUAGUCAGGAAAGAGAACUCGAGGAGACAGUUGUCUUUUCACAAUGUUGAUGAGUCCAUUGAUUUGAACAGACACAUUUUAGGGAUUGAAGCCUAAAACAACUGAAUAUAAUGAAUUUACCUAAGAAAGAACAUUAUUCAUGGCUAAUCACUAAGUUUGCAAUUCCAUUUUACUUCUCUUGACUUUAUCUGGUGCGUUUGGCAAAAUUAAAACCCUUCAUCACCAAAUGUUCUUCUGCUGUGAGGCAGAAGUCACAGUCUGCAGCCCUAGCCUCCCAGCUCCUUUUUCUGUGGCUCAGCCAUAGUUGCCAAAAAUCAGUGACAUAGUUUAGGGAAUAAGCAUAUGGAAACUACAGGUAAAAAAAGAAAAAGAAAAAAGAAAAACCCAAUUUCUCCAUCCCCAAAGGAGUCUUAUUCCCAGCCAUAUAUGUAUAAUAUGAUUCUAUUUUGCAUCAUCAGUCUCUCCCUGGGUGGCGGUGGUAUCAUCAUCAUCAUCAUCAUCAUCAUCAUCAUCAUCAUCAUCAUGAUGUAUUUGUUGUAAAGGACUUGCUAUCUCUAAUUAAAACAGCACAAAUGUAGAUAACUGCUAAGGUAAAUGUUCUAGGUGAUGCUUUAUCCUAGUAAGCCUGAAUUAAGAUCUUUUGCACAAGAUACUGUAGCUGUUUCCCAGAAUGAAGUUGAAGUGCUAACCAUCAGUCCUUGAACUGACAGAAAAAUAUGGUGGCAUAAAUUGUGCUGCCCCCACUGCUGCUGCUGCUGCUGCUACAACAAAGCUAGUGAAUGGUCCUGUUCUUACUUAUUUGUUGUCAGCCACGUUAAGGAGAGGGUUUAGUUGAUUCUCCUAGCAUCUACUGCUUCCUGCCAAGCAUCAUCUGCCAGUGGGGAUAAAACUACCAAUCGCUGUUCCUAAUGUGGGGUGCGGCAGGAUUAGAUGAGUGUAGGCAGAUGCUUAAAAUGGUGUGCUUAGGUACCUGUCAAGUUGCCCAAUUAACAAGUGCCAUGUACUUGGGAUGGGGGUUGAAGCAAGGAGGAGUUUUCCCAUUGCUCCUGAUAACCUCUCCUUCAUGCCUACUACCUGUCAGUUCUAUUUAUGAAACUAGGUACAGUGCUCUUGUAAAUACUGGUUUUUAUAAGAUACUCAUGUAAGAAGUGCUACAUGUUAUGGAAUAUACCAGAUGGCAUGAUGCAGGCAGAUGAGUGUGAUCCCUCCUGGGGUGUAAGCCAAAAUAGCCAUGGAGGGCAGUGGCCAAUAAAAACUGGGCAGGCCCUGGUCACUGCCUGCAUCAGCUGCCAAACAGUUGGUGAAGCAUGCCAGAUCGAACCCACAGCAAAAAUUGAGUUGGAAGAAGAAGGAAAACUCUUGAAAGCUACGAUCUUAAUUUUUUUCCUAUUUAUUUUAUUAAAAUUUGAAUAUAUAUAUAUAUUCAAAUGCAAAUAGAAACAGUUAAGAGAAUAAAAGUAAAGCAAACUGAAUAAGGGAUCUAAAAAUGUCAAAGAGGUUAUAGUUUUCUGGUAUAAAUUUUGAAUGAUUGACUAAAUCAUUGUAAAUUACUAAAAAUCACAAUUAAGUUUAAGCAAGGAUAAUUAUCAAGAACAGAAUUGAUCAAGUAUAAAUCACCAGAUACAAUUAUAAACUACAAUAGAUUCAAUCAAAACUGAGAAUCUGUUCUACUUUAAAUAUCCCAUACAAUUGAAAUAUUGACCAUAUACAUAGAAAAACUCGAAUUUUCAAUGAGGUACAAAUCCAUCUAUUGAGUUAUAGUCCAGAAAUGGUUUCCAAUUUGAAUUCAAUUCUUUGUCAGAUUUACUUUUAAAAUACAAAGUUAUUUUGGGCAUUUGGUUAACUGUUCUUCCAGAGAGGGAAUCGGAAAACCUUUCUAGUAAGAAGCAUAUAAUGCCCUUGUGGCAGUUAAUUGUGAUGGAAGGCGUGAGCGGGGAGGAUUCUGGAAGGGAGCUUCAAGCUUCAAGCCCCCAGCUGGACUGUGUGAAAGCAAG